AUGUUUUGGUCGUCUCUUUUGCUUUCGUGGCCGAAGCCACGGAGUGCCUUCCUCACUCUCUUUCAUGUCACUCUUUUGACUCUUCUCUUUUCUGUCCGUCCAACUACUGCUCUCUCGGAACGCGUUCGGCUCCCUGCCAGUCCCGGGUAUCAAGGCAGGUCUAAUGCGUGUCCCACCCGAUGUGCGGUCUCGGGACCCAACCCAGCCAACUGGUCCAUGUACCACAAUCUUAACCAGCUGGCCUCGUGUCAAGAGUCUCUCUUUUAUUCUUUCUCUUUACUUGACCGGGUUGAUGACGCUCAUACUGGCCAUCACAUCUACGCCUGUACUUCCUAUGGCCCGGAUUGGGGAAAUCUACCGACAAAUACCACAAACCUUGACCUGCAGUCCUCAAACGCUCCGGAGCCCGUGAAUGGUACCUAUGAGUUUGGAUACUGGCCCGGCACCACAGGUUCUUCAGUUUCGUCUUCUCUAGCCACACUCACCCAUCAGCUUCGGCAGUACUUGGAUGGAGGAUUGGGCUCCGUGGACGGUCCGACCAUUCUCUUCGCCCGCUAUGGCUCCACCUCGGUCGGUCUCUAUAUCGGCCAAGGACUGAAUAGUCGAGGUAUCGCAGGAAACGCGCUGUCUGCUUUAUCAGACUCAAUUGAAUCUUCCAAUGCUAGCCUUGCUGCCAGUAUAGCGAUGCAAUUCUGCGAACCGGGCCAGACUUCACACCAUACGUUCGGCCUGAUUGCGACGGGCAAUGGAACUUUUGAUUCCGUACAAGCCGCCCUCGCCUCAUGGUCCCAAGCCAAGUGUUUGACAUUCCCGGUGGUUCAAAAGGUCACUGGCACAGUCACGCUCGUGAAGCCCCUCUUUGAUGCCUCCUCCUCUCAUGCCACCGUUGUCAAUUCCACCCGUCCCUCAGUCUCCCCCGCCACUCAGUCUGCCGGCAAUGGGACCUCUGUUAGGGCAAGGGCACUCGCCCCUCGGACAACCUGUUCCACAGUCCAAGUCGUUUCUGGAAAUUGCUAUGAUUCUUUGGCGUCGGAAUGUGGUAUCACAUUGGCCAAGUUCCUUCAGUACAAUAACGUCACAGACGAUGAUUGUUCUACCUUGGUCAUAGGUGAGCACCUUUGUUGUUCAGCCGGUCAAUUGCCAGACUUUUCUCCUCAGCCUCAAUCCGACGGGACUUGCGCGACGUACACCAUCAAGGCAGGUGAUAACUGUAAGACGAUUGCUGCGUCUUACGGGCUCACAGUGGAUGAGCUUGAGAAUUUCAACGACAAUACUUGGGGUUGGGGAGGCUGUGAUCCCCUCUACGCGCAUACCAUUAUUUGUCUCAGUGAGGGUAAUGCGCCCAUGCCGGCGCCUCUUGCCAAUGCAGAGUGCGGGCCACAAGUUCCUGGGACGGUGACCCCCGCGAGCGGAACGAAUAUUUCCACACUCAACGAGUGCCCUCUGAAUGCAUGCUGUGAUAAGUGGGGACAGUGCGGCACAACAUCCGCAUUCUGUAUCAACACUAGCACUGGCGCCCCGGGAACCGCCAAGAAUGGUACCAACGGCUGUAUCUCUAACUGCGGCACCGCCAUCGUGCAGAGUGAUAAACCUGCCACAUACAGGAAAGUUGGCUUCUAUGAGGGUUACAACUUGAAGCGACCCUGCCUCUAUCAGGAUGUCUCUCAAAUUGACUUGGGUGCUUACACACACAUCUAUUUCGCGUUUGGUGUCCUCUCCUCGUCCUAUGAGGUCCAGAUCCCCAACAGCACCGCGACGGGCACCCUCUAUGAGUUUAAUCAGUUCAAACAGCUCGUGGGCACAACGCGUGUCUUGUCGAUCGGUGGAUGGGCAUUUUCCACCGAUCCGAGCACAUACAUGAUUUUCCGUAACGGUGUCACUCCUGCCAAUCGGUUGACCAUGGCCAAAAACAUUGCGAACUUCGUCAAGGACAAUGAGCUCGACGGCGUCAAUAUCGACUGGGAAUAUCCAGGAGCACCUGACAUCCCUGGUAUCCCUGCUGCUAGCACCGAUGACGGUACCAACUAUCUCGCCUUUCUUGCCAUCUUGAGAAAUUUCCUUCCUGACAAGGAGAUCACAAUUGCGGCGCCAGCAUCAUACUGGUAUUUGAAGGGCUUUCCCAUCAAAGCCAUGGCUAAGAUCGUGGACUACAUCAUCUACAUGACCUACGAUUUACAUGGACAGUGGGAUUACAACAAUCACUGGUCACAAGAAGGGUGUGCAACAGGGACCUGUUUACGUUCGGACGUGAACAUUACCGAAACAGAGGGUGCUUUGAGCAUGAUCACGAAAGCCGGUGUUCCGUCCAACCAGGUCGUGGUCGGAGUGACUAGCUACGGACGAUCGUUCGCCAUGGCCGAAGCGGGUUGCUAUGGACCAGAUUGCACGUUUUUGGGAUCAGCUGACGACUCGCAAGCUGCACCAGGAAAUUGUACCCAGACUGCAGGCUACCUCGCCAAUGCCGAGAUUUUGGCGAUUCUCGCAGACUCCAGCCGGGUCAAUGAAAACUACAUUGAUAUCAAGAGCAACACCAAUAUACUUGUAUAUGAUGACACACAGUGGGUUGGAUGGAUGAGCGACGGUAUCAAAAACUCACGGAAGUCGGUCUACCAGAGCCUCUCGAUGGGAGGCUGGACAGACUGGGCGACUGACUUGCAGAAGCUCAACGAUCCUCCUUUCACCGCGGACUCCUGGACGAAUUUCAUCGGCGACGCUGUUUUGAAUCGUGAUCCUUACGCUGAAGGCAACCGAACAGGCAACUGGACUUCCAUGAACUGUGAAAACCCCGCUGUGCAGGAUUCGCUUUACAUGGCAUGCUCGCAGCGCUGGUCAGAGCUGGACGCAUCCAAUGCGUGGUCAGAUGCCAUCAAUGUCUGGAACACUAUCGACGAGCCAAAAAUCGGGGAUGACGAAAGUAAAUUCACUUUGUCCAUCAUGUUCUUCUUCCAUGGCGGGGAUUCGAUGAACUGCGGAAGUAUUGCUCCGGCCGGCUCGUGCUCCACCACCCAAACCUGUGCCUGGUUUCAAGGGUUUGGCGGCAACGGUGAGUCUGGUCCUGCGGCAAUGCUUAUAUAUAACUCUUUCGUGAUUAUCAACCAGAUGUACUCUCAAUUGUAUUACGCCAUCAAUGGAAUCGCUGCAACGUACGUCGACAAUCAGCUUUCAGACUUUGAGGACACUUUUGCACCGGUUCCUCCAGCGAAGAGUGACGAGUGGCUGGUUCUCCUUAUCGAUUUGCUGGGUCUCGGUCUUACUGUGGUCGCUGCGCCAUUCUUUGAUGGAGUUCUUGGAGCUCUACCAGCGCUUGAAGCUUUAGGAGAAGCAGGUGCCAAAGUUGCUCAAGAUGUCACGUAUUCAGCCAUCGCAUACGGAGCUUCAAUUGCUACCAGUUCACUGCCUUCGGCUGCACCGGGUCAAUGGACAGCGCAGUCUCAGGACAGUUUCAGUGCCACUAUGGGCUCUGUACUCUGGGGCUGGUCUAAUGCCACGGCAAACCAACUUUGGACGCUGUUCAACGGAUCAGCACCCUCUAUCACCCUUCUGACAAGCCUCAUCAGUGAUGGUAAACUCAUCGAGGGCAACGGCGGCUCUCCAUCUGUUGGCUACUCAGUAUCGGAAUCAACAUCGUCCGAUGUUGAAGCUUUCAUUGGCAAAGCUUUCUUUGGGUACUCUAUUCCAACCUUGUGGACUAUCUCCGGUACUGCCGCCUUCGUCAUCGACUCGGGCUAUCCAUGCAGUGCACAGAAUCCACUGGGCGAUUAUAUGACCAAUGCCACCCAAGAGUCUACGUAUUCAUGCUACAACGAUAAACUGUACUAUCUAGUCUAUCCUGAUGGCACAGAGGAUGGUUGUAGUAAUGACCAUACAGCCAAAUGCACCCACAAGUUGUUCACUGCUCCACCUGGCUUGGACACUCUCGGUCCAUCCAAGUGGGGAGGCAUCACUCUAUCCGAACUUAUCGAGGGAUCUGUCAACACAUACAUCGCCAACGGGAACGCGAACGGAGGACCUGUCGCUAAUCCAAUGGACUCACAAACGCUCAAGGACUUGUCCAAUCGGAAAAUUACUACACCCGGCUACAUUCGUCUGCCGGUUUGUUCUCCGCAAGUUGCCUGGGCCUCCUGGACAAAUCCCGCGCAGUCCAACUCCUCCGCCCCAGGGUACCCCUGUAACCCUCUUCAAGGCGUGACCAAAUGCAGCGGCUACACUUACCAGGAUACGACCACAUCCGCUUCCCCCCUGGUCUCCGACUGCAAGGUCCUCAUGAGUAACAUCGCCGGCACAACCGGCGUAUGGACUACCGGUAUCGGUUCCCAGCGCACAAUUCCUACAUACGGCACCUGCAAAUUCGGCGUCCAGAAUGUUGGCGUGACCGGCGAUGUCACUUACAUGACUGGCAGCCAGGAUGUUGUGAACAUUAUCACUGAGUCCAUUGCGAAGUAUGAAUGGGAGGGCAAGGUUGGUGCGAAGGGAUAUAUGGAGUGCGAUGGUGACGCGGGCAGUCAAAAGGUGGAGUGGGGGCUGUUUUAA